AUGGACGAAAACAAACCAACACCGUCCAUUGAAGAAGACGUAACCACCGCUGAUAGCCGGAGAGUUGGAACUCGCCACCCUAUCUACCGUGGUGUCAGGAAACGGCGAUGGGGAAAAUGGGUAUCAGAAAUUCGAGAACCGAAGAAGAAAUCUCGUAUAUGGCUUGGAUCAUUCCCGGUGCCGGAAAUGGCCGCAAAGGCGUACGACGUUGCAGUAUAUUGCCUCAAAGGCCGAAAAGCGCAACUCAAUUUUCCCAACGAGGUUGAAAAUCUACCACUUCCUGCCACACCUACGGCCAGAGACAUUCAAGCGGCGGCGGCCAAGGCGGCUAGCAUGGUGAAAUCUUCAGUUGAUGAAAAGAGUUGCAUUGUGUCUGAUGGGGAUAGCGGUGGCGAUGAUUUUUGGGGGGAGAUUGAGUUGCCGGAGCUGAUGGAAAGUGAGUGUUGUUGGAAUUCUCCGAGUGGAUCGUCGUGGAAUUGCUCCGGUGACAUGACAGGGUGGCCGGAGGUUGAGGUUUUGGCACAGCAACCUUUGAUGUCUUGUUCUUUUAAUAACUAA